CCGCGGUGAUUGGCAGGCGGCGCUGGGGUAGCUUCCUCCUCAGGACAGACCGUACGGUAGUCGGACGGCAGCCAUUGUCGGCUCGGCGAGCGGUUGGGGAGGGGGGGGAGCCCGUGAAGGCGGCGAGCGGCGCUGGGGCAGACGGCGGCCAACGCAAGCAGUGCACACAAAAUGGAAUCAAAGCCAUCAAGAAUCCCACGGAGGUUAUCUGUUCAGCCAUCUGGUUCUCGAAGUGCUAGGAUAGGAGCUGGAAGUGGUGGAACAAGUUUAACUGAUUCAUACCGUACGAGAGAGUCUUCAGUAAGACUUGAUUCUGGACGCCAGGAAUCUGGCAGGUUGCAUAGUUCCAAUAGAAACUGGUCUGUUGAAGAACGAGAAGCAUAUGAAAGUUCAUGGAAGCUUCCAGCUUCUUCUCCAACUCACUACUCAGGAACACUUGAUCGUCCCUGGUCUGGAAGAUUUUUGGGAAGCAGAAAUAGAUUGGUUACAUCAUCAUCAUCAUCAUCACUUCCUGCACCAUCUUGGUUGAGUGAAUCUGAAAGAACUCAGGGAGCAUAUUCUUCAAGACUGCAUAGCCAACAACAAGAUAUUGAUUCAAAAAGACCUAAACUUUCUUAUACAUCUACCUCUAGUAUGAGAAGUAGUGGUUUAAGCACAGUUUCAGAUUCCCAAUGGAGGUACAGUGAUGUGCCCAGAUCUUCAUCUAUGGUACUUGGAUCAUUAACAACUGAACUUGUGAGAGAGAGAAGAGAGCUAGAAAGGACAGAGCCAUCUGUUAGUUUUGUGGAUUGUAGUCAAAGGAAUGGUGAUUUCCCUCCAUCAGCAUAUUUGCAGGAAAGACCUGCUUCUUCAUAUGCACAGGGAGCUAGACCAAAGGAAAACUCAUUGAGUUCUUUAAGGCUGAACACAUCCAUGAACCGCCAGUUGCCUUCUGAACAUGAAUCUUCAUUUCUCUCUAGAGAGCAUAGCUGGAAUUCAAGAUCUAACUAUGUCCCAAGAGAAGUAGAGACUUCUGAAAGGAAUAUACAGCCAGAGUUUACCCAAGAUACCAUGAGAAGUGGGACCAGAACCUCAAACCUUUCUGAAGGAGUUUUGCCAACCCAAAGGUCAUUAAGUGAGCCUUCUGCUGAUACUGAAGGAAGGCGUUCAACAAGGCAGUUACUAUCUCGCUUGGCAUCUAGUAUGUCAUCCACCUUUUUCCCAAGAAGGUCUGGCCAAGACACUUUGUCGUCUUCAAGAUCAUUAGGUUCUAGAGAUAUAAGUGCUCUAAGAGCUCAAGCUCCUGCCCAGGCGACUUCUUCUAACCCACUUACAACUUCUGAAGGUACAGAAGCUCAAACACCUGAUCCUGGUCCUCAGGGAUUUAGCUUCCUUAGAAGACGCUGGGGUUUGGCAGGUAUUUCACCAAAUCCAAGUGCUGAGACAGAACCUGGAAAUUACAGACAUAAUUCUGAAAGUAGAAAUGCAGGUUCCUGGCUGUCAUCAUCUUUGAGGAACAGAUGUACACCUUUGUUUUCAAGAAGGAGAAGAGAAGGAAGAGAUGAAACUGCAAGAACUUCUGCCUCUGAAACAUCUGCUAGGUCACUGCAUCUUUUUAGGAGAAGAGAAUCUGCUGGGGAUGGACCUCUUGAGACACAAAGGGAGUCCCUCAGGCCGAGGCCAUCGAUACCUGCAGUACCCAGUGGUACUGUAUCUGUUCCUUCAGGGUCAGAGUCAGUGCCUCCUAGAAGAAAUUCAGGAAUAUCAGGAAUGUUUCCCGGCUCUCUUUUUCGGUUUGCAAUGCCGCCAACUUUGGAAAAUAACUUGUCCGACAAUGUUAUGAUAACUGUAGAUAUUAUUCCAUCGAAUUGGAGUCAGUCUAAUGGACAAGAUAGUGACAAAUCUAAAAUAUCUUCAAGAGAUCCAGAAAAGCUUCAGAAAAUUAAAGAGAGUCUUCUUUCAGAAGAAGAGGAAGAAGAGGAAGAAGACAUAUGUAGGAUUUGUCAAAUGUCCUCUACAUCUGUCACUAAUCUCUUAAUCGAGCCAUGUAAAUGUGCUGGAAGUCUGCAGUAUGUUCACCAGGAGUGUAUGAAAAAGUGGCUACAAUCCAAGAUUAACUCAGGUUCUUCAUUGGAAGAUGUAACUACCUGUGAAUUGUGUAAAGAGAAGCUUCAGCUCAAUCUUGACAAUUUUGAUAUCCAUGAACUCCAUAGAGCACAUGCAAAUGAACAAGUUAGUAUAUUUUGGCUAAUUUGGAGGCUUUAUUAAACUGAAGGAACCAACAAAUGGAGAAAUAAUGGAACUAAAUGCAUAGGAUCCUAUCUACGUACUUGGGACUCAAAAACUUAUGAUUCCAGAUCACAAGACGUCCAGUUAUCUUCACUGGCAGACAACAAUUCAGUUUGCAUCUGAGCAGUUGGAUCUGUCUUGCAAAGUUGAGUUGCUACUGAAUAGCAUGGGAAGCAGCCUACUCAACUGACCCCUCCAAUCUACAUGCACAAAGAAAGCAUCCCUUUUGGUUUUCAUGAUUUAAUAGACAGUUAUGCUAUUAAUAGGUUUUAGAGUAUCUGGGCUCCAAAGAUCUGAACCCUGGCUCCUGCUAGGAGCCCUGGGAACUGGACAAGGGUUUUUGUAUUCAAUUUGUAUACCAUUUAUUAGACUUUCUGUGGCUUUUUCUUGAGCAUGUGUGAGAGAGUGACGGAGAAUGAAGGACAUCUUAGAAUCUUGUAACUUGCUUGUGCUGUGUUAUGUGUUCUCAAAUUCAUUUGCCUGGGGUUUUGGAAGACUAGAAUUUGAAAAUGAUACAAGUAGGAAGUGAGAAUGAACUUUAAUAAACCCAUUUCAUUUGCUAAUACUGCUGAAAUAAGGAUCCUUGGGAUUAAGGAUCAUGCAUAAAUCUUUCAAGACACUGGGUUUCUUUGGCAGUGACAAUUGGUUUUCCUUUCCAAAAAGUACUGCAGUGUAAACACACUUUACUAAAUUUGAGCCUAUACUAUUUUGCCCAGUUGACCACUGGGAAAAGUCUGUAGGAGAAUUGGAAUCCAAUGGUCUUUUUCUGAUUGGUUCCCCAGAUCUUUUCUUUUCUUAAUUACUUUCUUAUAUACCAAAGAUAGGGUUUUAUUUCUCAUAAAUGCUAAACAGUAUUAAUUUUCCAAUUAGAAUAGUUGAAAUGUACUGUCUAAUAUUUGGUUCUCAGUUUUUAUAACUGUUUAAACUUGAACGUCAGAUUGUGAACUUUGGGUAUUAAAGGCAUUGUUUGUUUAGCAACAAGGACUUCAAAACAGUUGAUGUAAAUUAUAUGGCUCUCAACCCUCCCCUUACUCAAAAUGAUUUGUCACAAUAAUUACUGGAAUGGAGAGCUAGGCAGUAAAUUGAAAUGAAGAAUCAUCAGGAAGUGUGAUUAGAUGAGUUAUUUCUUCAAAUGUUCAAGAAAGUUCAGAUCCAAGUCUGAAGUUGUACCCCUGCAAUCAAGGGGAACAUGAUCAUGAAAACACAGUAUAUAUUUUGGAAAGCUUGAAUAUCUGACUUCUAAUGCCUUCUUU